AUGAACCCUACUGAUGAGAACAGGGAGGAGAAAGAAGAAGAAGAAAUGGAAAAGAGGCCUCAUCGCCGCAAUAACGAACCUAUAAACUCUGAGAUCCAACGUUCAACAAGUCCUACGAACAUCAAAACAACAAAAACAAAAACAAAGAAGAAUGGUGUAACUCUUAUAAUAGCAAAAAUACUACCAAAGAAUAAUAACCGCGUUUCUUCAUCCAAGCCCGAUACUUCCAAGGAACAAUCGCCCCAUACGGACAAGAGAAAUCACAAGCGUAAUAAUAAUAAUAAUAAUAAUAAUAAUAAUAAUAAUAAUAAUAAGAGUGCUAAUCCAUCUCGUAGUGGGGCGGAGAGUCCAUCUAUGGAUCUUGACUGUAUGAGUUUGGAACUUCUCUCUGUGUGUGAGAGUGAUAUGAGUGAUGAAAGGACCUCCGGUGAAGAGAAAUUGGUGGAGAGUUUAAUGGACGAUGAGCGUCUCUCCUACGAUUUUGAGGGGAUAGUAGAGAAUGAAGAAAAUGAAGAAGAAGAAAAGAAUACUAAUACUACUACUACUUCUACUAAUAAUAAUAAUAAUAAUAAUAAUAAUAAUAAUAAUAAU